UAUAAGCUUAACAGGAAAGAAAAGAAUAAAGACAUAUUCUCAAAGGCAUAUAGUUGGAGCAGCUCUAUUUAUACCCGUUCCUCCAUCUGUCAUCAUUACUUAAACGAUUCGUUAACAGAUGCUCAUUUAGUACCUCACAUAUUCUCCAUAUCUCAUCUUUCACACAAUCUCAUUAUCACUAUGAAGAUGUUCUUGUUUUUGAACGAAUCAUACAUCUUUGAUAGACUUCGUAUGUGGAGUAUUGUUUUAUGGCACUCAUGUGUAUUCGUAUGCGCAGAAUGUGAGAAUGCCAAUUAUAGGGGUGCCGAGGUGCCUUGA